AUGUCCGCAACGAACAACAGUCGAUCUGACGAGCACUCGAUUGCUGUUUAUCUUGACGAUGAUUUUGACCCAAGAAACGAAAUUAUCGAAUCAGGACCUUCUCCGCACACUAAACAUGAGAUACAAGAACUAAUCGAAACAUGUUAUUCAACCAGUAUCAGUUUACUGCACGAACAGCUGACUGAUUCUGAUAUGCCAAUUAUUGUCGAUUCAGCAAUUAUUCGGAAGAAAUGUACUGAACUCAAAUUAGGAUACAAUCAGAUAACGUCCGAAGGGGUGAAGACUUUAGCUGAUGCUCUAAAGAAGAAUUCAACAUUAGAACACCUGAAUCUUUUUCAUAAUAACAUAGCCGAUCAAGGUGUAUAUUAUCUUACUCAAGCACUUUUAUCGAAUGAAAAAUCGAAAGUUAAAAUGCUUUUCAUUGGUUAUAAUCAAAUUACAGAUAAAAGCAUUGAAUAUUUAUGUAAUUUAUUGAAAAGCAAUAGAAAUAUUGUCCAUUUAGGGCUAUCAAAUAAUGAAAUCAGUGAUCGCGGGAUUAUAGUAUUGGCAAAUGUGCUGACUAAUGACAAUAUUACUCUAAAAGAAUUAUAUUUAUGGGGAAAUAAAUCGAUUGGUGAUAUGUGUGUCGAUGCAUUAGCGGAUAUGUUGGUUUAUAAUCGAUCAUUGAUGAAACUUGUUCUGUUUGAUUGUAAUCUAUCUGAUCUGAGUAAAGAAAGAUUAAGAGAAGUUGUACAAUCAAGGAAAGAUUUUGGAUUGUUCUUAUAA